AACCGGCGUAAGCGCAUAGGCUUAGUCGAGUAAAGGACUCUUGGUAUUGUUUUGAGCCACAUUGUAAUUUAGGGGUGUGCACGUAAGUGAGCGCGAAUGCGCCUGGCAGGGUGGCCAAAAACUUCAAAAAUUAAAAGCUUGAAAAAGUAGGCAUCGCCUCAAGUUACACGGAAUCCAAUCUGUGCUUGGAAUCUGUGCUCCAUCGAGAAUCUGAAGCUUUGGAGCGGGCAACUAAAAAGGAGCGGAAUGAAGGUUGGAAGUGCGGGAGUCUCUCAUGCAAGGAGCUUUGCAGUCGGCGUCCUGCUGUUGGCUACUGUCGUAAUGGGAGGAGCCUAUUUCAUUGAUGAUGUGGAUGAAGAGGUGGAAUGCGACAAACAAGCUGCUAUCACCUGUUACUGGAGCAUUGCCGACCGGUUUGGGAGGAGCCCGUUUGUUUCUAUUCCAGACGAGCCAGAUGACUACCUGACGUCUUUCUGUCAAAUCUCUGAAAACUCGGGAGAGUUUCCCGGAGACCCCACCUGCAAGGACUACUACGCUGGCUGCAGUGACUCUGAUAAGCAUCAAUUCGCAACCACGGAAAGAGGCUAUGUUGCUCUCCAAGAAAGUGCGACUCUCGCAGACUCCUGCCAGCCUAUCGAGUCCCUGCGAGGAUGCCUCGACCUGGACGUUAUGCGCAAGUGCGACGCACGUCGACCACUUCAAAUUGGAGCAUUUGAUGAACGAGUAACAUCGCGGCGAAGAGCGGCUAUACAGCUCAGGAGCUGCCUGCAAAAGGCCGUGAAGAAAUGUGAUUCCACAAAGUACGGGACCGCCAUGGAGAACCUGAAGCGCAUAGCCAACAGUAUCGUGGACUUAAACUCUCCUGUGACGCGACGAGCGGGUGCCGGCAACGGAGCAUCCGCCUUUGGCGCAACUACUGCGGUCGUCGGCGUUGCUCUGUUCAUCUGCUUCCAUCUGCUUCCAUCUGCCGACGUUUACUGAUAGUUUAAUUAGGUGGACGUGUGUUGCACCAUCGUUCGUCGUGAAUAGAGAAUCACACUACCAUCUGAGAAUACAGUACCGCCGAAGACAGGACAGCGUGCGGCCGUUUUGUCCAAUGACUCUUUUAACCCUGCCAGGUUCUAAAUUUGUUUUUGAAGUAGCAUAGAUAUAUUCUGUACAGCUGCACAACAAAAAAAAAAUGAGGGAAUGGCAAAUUAAAUUUUCAACGGAGGUUUCUAUGAUACGCAAGUACAGCAUGCUGCGAGACGAUAUUGGAACUUAAAUUAUGAUAUUUUAAUCGCAAGUGCUUGAAGAAUCCGCGUAAAAAUUUUAUUAUUGUUGAAAUGCCACCUCUCAGAAAAUUUAUAGCCCCUUGUGUGGCUGGCUGCAAAGACGCAACGCACACGCUAUACCUCAUUUCAUUCCCGUGAUGUUCACAGAGCACGCAUAAUAGGAAAGAAAAGGAUGCGGAUCGACGCACCAUAACCUGUUUCGAGCUCCACGCUACUGUGGCAGUAAGGACGCAGCUUUAUUGGCCAUCCCUUAAAACCGCUCUAUUGAUCAAUAAAUGAAAAAAAAACGACCGAAAGUGUUUUCUGAAGCACUCGUGAGUCCUGAGCCAUCCAGACAAAGCUCCAGGAUGCAGAUGACUAUGUUUCAUUGGUGAUGGAGACAGCACGAGAAUACGGUAUGUAUUGCAAUGAAAAUCUUGAGUGAAUGACAAAAUGAUUACAGCUAUUCAAGUCAGCGUUCCCGAUUUCUUUCAUAAAUUUUUAUUUGGAAAGUGGGAUUAGCGUCCAAUUGUUCAUGUCUCUCGAUUUCUGAACAAUAUUAUGGCGGGUUCACUGCGGCGCAUUGCCCACAUAGUCAUGCACAGCAACAUGUCCUAAAGUAGACUCCAUUAGUGCAUUUGUUUACAUCUGCAAUUAUACGAAUCUUCGAAGACAAAAAUAUGGCGUUUUAGAUGUCACUAU